CAGCGGUGCGGCGUCACGGCGGGAAGAUCCGGCGAUGGCGUCGGGCGAGGCGCGGGGGUUGCGGGCCGGGCCGGCGGCCGAGCGCCCGGGGCAGGGGCUGGGCACCGUGCUGAUGUCGUGCCAGGUGUGGGAGGGAGGCGGCCGCCGCUCGGCCCUGCGGCUGCAGCUCAGCAUGGAGCGGCCCGGGGACUUCCGGCUGGGCUGGCGACACGGCGGCGGCGGCAGCGGCAGCAACAGCAACAGCAGCAACAGCCUGAGCUUGUAUGAACUUAACUUAAAGGACGUCGUGUAUGAAUUCAAGAGCGCGACGUGCCAUGGGAUCAGCAUGCGAAACCAGCCGGCCAACCAGCUGGUCUGUCACUUCGAUGACGAGGAGGAGGCCCAGAGAUGGUCGACCAUCAUCACCAGCUCGCUGAGAGAGGUGGAGAAGGCGAGUAGCAUGGUCGGUGCACAGAGCCAGAGCCCUCCGCCGCCGGCAGUGGGCAAGGGGAGUUGCGAGAGCGGAGUAGACACUCACAGAGCCAGUCCGGACAUCCCAAAGCCAGGCACCGAUCUGGCACACACAGAGGACCUGGUUCUGCAGCUGACACAGGCAAUAGAAGCAGGUGAUUGCACCUUGUCGGCGGAGUGUGCGGUGACUCUUGCCCAGCAGAGAGCCUGCCUGGCCAUCUCUCUGAAAGAGCUUUCCUACCCCAGCCAGCCUAUCAGCCUGAGAGUCGGAGUGGAGGACGCCUCCUCUUCUGCCACCAUCGUCCUGAAGGUCUUCCCCUACGCCACAAUCUACACACUAAAGCAACAGGUGUUCCGUGAGUUUGGAUUCCACCCCGGGGUCCAGCGCUGGAUCGUCGGCCAGUGCUUGGCAGCCGACCACAGGACGCUCAGCUCGUACGGGGUGAAGAGGGACCGUGACCCUGCCUUCCUCUACCUGCUCUCCAGCAAGCUGGCCGGACUGUCCCGGCAACAGUACGAGGAGGACCAGGCCCAAGCCAUCAUGGCCGACGGGGAGCCCCUCACACAUGUCCUCCGCAGAGCGAGCCUCCUGCUGCACGAGAAGUGGAACUGCAGCACCUUACCUGCCAGCAAAGGUGGGGCGCUUGCCACGAGCUGGGAGGGAAGGCCGGACCUCAGUAACGCUGCCCUGUGCCUUGACCUGGAGUCCACGUUGCAUCAGCCGGCGGUGUCACAGGAGACGAGGAGUCCGCUUCAGCAGCAAACCUCUCCCACGCACCAGGCUGCACAGAAAGGCUGGGCCUGUGCGCAGUGCACCUACAUAAACAAACCCAACCGGCCCGGCUGUGAGAUGUGCAGCAGCCCUCGCCCGCAGGACUACCCCGUACCCGAAGAAUAUGCGCUCAACGACGAGGAGCUGUGUCGCAUGCUGCAGGAGAAAGAGGAGCUUCUGAGAACGCAACAGGAGCAGGAGGAAGCGCGGCUGAGGAACUACCAGCAGCUGCUGCAGACGGACGGACAGCACCUGGUGCCCAAUCUCCAGCCGGCAGACUGCCCCGUCUGUCUGAACACCCUGGGACCCCAGGAGGGAGUGGUGCUCCGCGACUGUCUACACACCUACUGCAGGGAGUGCCUGAAGCAGCUGAUCCGGAUGUCGGUCGAGCCGGAGGUGGCGUGCCCGUAUCGGGACAGCAGCUACGCCUGCGAGAGCAAGCUGCAGGAGCGCGAGAUCAGAGCGCUGGUGUCCGCGGAAGACUACAAUAAGUUCCUGGACCGCAGCGUGUCUGUGGCAGAGAGCAGCAGUGACAACAGCUACCACUGCCGCACACCGGACUGCAGGGGCUGGUGCAUCUAUGAGGAUGCAGUCAACGAGUUCCACUGCCCCUCCUGCCGCAAACUCAACUGCCUCCUCUGCAAGGCGAUCCACAUGGGAAUGAACUGCAAGCAAUAUCAGGACGAUGUGCAGAGCCGGGCAGCAAACGACAGCAACGCGCGCUGCACCAGCGAGAUGCUGAAGAGCCUGGUGCAGACGGGUGAAGCCAUGCACUGUCCACGCUGCGGCAUCGUGGUGCAGAAGAAGGGCGGCUGUGACUGGAUCCGCUGCCCCGUCUGUCACACCGAGAUCUGCUGGGUCACCAAGGGCUGUCGCUGGGGACCUGGCGGUCCGGGUGAUACCAGUGGGGGCUGCCGUUGCCUGGUGAAUGGCCAGCGGUGCCACGAUCUCUGCCAGAACUGCCACUGACCGGGGAGGCGUGGCACCAUCUCCGGCACCGCUGUACGCCGGC